GCGGCGGCGGGGGGAGCGGGGAGCCCGCUCCGCCGGGCCAUGGAGAGCAGCGGCGGCGGCACCGCGCCCGCGGGCUCAGGCACCGGCUCGGGCUCCGGCUCGGGCACGGUGCUGCCCACCCGCCUCCAGGAGACCGAAAAGCUGCUGGCGGCGACGGAGGGCCGGGAGGAGAAGGGCCUCCGGGGCUCCAAAUCCUUCACGGCCGCGCUGCCCGGCGAGGCGGAGCGCAAUGGGCACGGGCUCGCCUACAAAUCGGUGUCGGUCGGGCAUCUGGAGGUCGCUCCCUUGUCGCCGUCCCGGCUCAGCCUGGGCAGAGCUUCCUCCACGGCCACCAGCACGGCGGCACCGGAGCAGGGCCGCCCGCGGGACUACCUGAUACUCGCCAUCUUCUCCUGCUUCUGCCCCGUCUGGCCCAUCAACGUCGUGGCUCUCGUCUUCUCCAUCAUGUCAAGGAACAGUGGUCAGCAAGGGGACACCGAUGGAGCCCGGCGACUCGGCCGCAUGGCCAGGCUGCUCAGCAUCGUCUCCAUCGUCCUGGGGACCAUCAUCAUCAUCAUCUACAUUUCACUCAGCGUCACAGUUUCCUAGAAGACGUUUUAGCAUGCAAAUACCUCGAAGAGGAGGACGACAACUUUCCUUUUGGGGUUUUUACUUUCAGCCUUGCAACAAAAAAUUGUCACAGUGUAGGUGGGCAGCCCUAGACAGCCUGCUCUGGAGUGCCAUCAGGAGGAACGCAUGCUUCUACUUCACCGCCUCUUGGAAAUGAGUUUGUACAAGUGAUGGGAUUAAAAAAAAAAAAAAUGUGAGAAGGAAUGGGAAUGAACAUCAGACACUGAGCAGAGAGGAGAAGGGGGAAACCACUACCUCAUUCCCCUCCAGGAAAACUCACGGAGUGGGGAGACCACUAAAGUACAAGAGGAGGAGGAGAGAGUUUCAAGAGCGAAGCUUAUUUUAAAAAGAAAAAACUUCAGGCGAGAACGGGACAUUUGGAGGAAUCCUCCUAAGAAUUCUGGCACAAGUCACUGAAUUUUUUUAGGUUGUUGGUUUUUAAAUCAUCAAAUUCUGUCUCUACAAAAAAAAAAAAAAAAAAACGACAAACAAACCACAACAUAAAAAAAAAAACAAACAAAGCUCAAACUGCCAUCAGGAGCUGAGAGCUGUUCCGUGGAGGAGGAGGGAGAGCAGAGCUGCAGCAGGACCACGGCUCUGCUCCCGAUGAAACGCAGCAGCAAAAGCUGGAGGAUGUGGUGGGUGCUUUUGUAUUUUUGAUGAAAAAAAAAAAAAAAAAAAAA